GUAAAGGUUAAGGAACCUGUCUGUACUGUCCCAAAGGCAAACAAAUUUUGGCUAGCCUUGAGUAAAGUCCAAUGGGGAUCACAGUGUGGCAGAACAGAGGGGGGACUGCCUGGAAGAACUUGGCAGCAACCUAACCGAGAAAAAAGGCAGAACACCCCAGGCUCAGUGCAUCAUCCUCAGACAGAGGUCUGGGCUGCAUUGCCAUGGAUCUUCUCCACAGCUGGGGGGUUGAGCUGGCGGUCCACCUGCAGACCCGAUACAGCAGGUACGAGGGUUUGUUCAGCCUGGCAUCCACGGUGGCUGAUCUGCACACCACGUUCUUCUGGUUGUUCCCGAUCUGGUUCCACCUGCGGAGGGAUACGGGGCUCCGGCUCAUCUGGGUGGCUGUGAUCGGAGACUGGCUCAACCUGGUCCUGAAAUGGGUUCUCUUUGGGGAGAGACCCUACUGGUGGGUUCAUGACACCCGGUUUUAUGGAGCACAUCCGGUCCCUUCUGUGAAGCAGUUCCCCAUCACAUGUGAGACUGGACCAGGAAGUCCUUCAGGUCAUGCUAUGGGUGCAGCUGGCGUCUGGUAUGUGAUGGUGACGGCACUACUCUCUAUUGCAACAGAGAAUCGAUGUCCCUCUUUACUAUACAAGUUCUUGCAGAUAAUCCUGUGGACACUGCUGGGCCUGGUAGAGCUUGUGGUCUGCAUGUCUAGAAUCUACAUGGCAGCCCACUUCCCACACCAGGUUAUCGCUGGAGUCAUUACAGGUCUACUAGUGGCUGAGGUUGUCUCCAGGGAGAAAUGGAUCUACAGCGCCAGCAUGAAGAGGUACUUCUUCACCACCCUCUUCUUGACCUCCUUCGCCGUCGGCUUCUACCUCCUGCUCAAAGCUGUGGGCGUGGACCUGCUGUGGACCCUGGAGAAAGCCCAGAGGUGGUGCAUCAAGCCCGAGUGGGUCCAUCUGGACAGCACACCCUUUGCCAGCCUCCUGCGUAACAUGGGCACCCUUUUUGGCCUGGGCCUGGGCCUGCACUCGCCGCUCUACACCGAGACCAAGAAGAAGAACACAAGUGUCACUUUCAAGAUGGGAUGUAUAAUUAUCUCUUUGUUUCUGCUUCAACUGUUGGAUGGAUGGACAUUUUCCUCUGAAAACCAUAUGACUUUCUACUUCCUGUCUUUUGGAAAGAGUGCAGUUGCACUUUUAAUCCCAACCACUCUGGUGCCUGGGGCUCUCUGUGGGAUUUUUAAGGCAAAGAGAGAAGACAAGGACUUGUGAUUGAGGUCCAACUUGUAGUUGAAAGUCAACUAUUAGUUGGAUUAAUUAAUUUUACUAGGAUUUCUUUUCCCGCAUGCUUAAGACACUAGGACAGAUUUUUUUUACAAUGUCCCUAAAGUUAUUGUAUAGGCCUGGACAUUAGUUCUUUAAAGGAAUAUUGUAGUUCAAGAGUUAUGUAAAUAUAUUUAUUCACUUUCUUGCUAAAAGUUAAAUGAGAAGAUGUCACUUUAAUGUCUGUAUGCCAAAUAUAAAGCCAAACUAACCAGCCAGCUUAGCCUAGCUCUGUAUUCAAUAAACAGGAGAAAAAGCUAGCCUAGUGCUGUGCGAUAGUAAGAAAAUCCACCUACCAGUACCUGUGAAGCUUGUUAGUUAACAUCCUGUGUCUUGAAAGAGUAAAGCAUAAAAAUAACAAUUUUCCUUUUUGUGCUGGAAUAUUGCUUGGCAUAGAGCUAAUUUUCCUUUUUACUCUUACAGAUUGAAAAAAGAAGCUAUAACUUGUUCAUUAGUGACCUGUAGAAGUGCUGUUAGCUGGAUUUUGUCACGUAUGCUAAGAGGCAAGCUAGCUCUUCCCCCCUGUUUCCAGUCUUCGUGCUAAGCUAAGCUAAAUGGCUUCUGUCUCAGGCUCCUUGCUAAUGCACAGUUAUGAAAGUGGCAUCAAUCUUUUCAUCUAACUCUCGACAAGAAAGAGGAUAUUUCCCAAAAUGCAUUUGCAAAUGUUUGUUUACUUUUAUAACCUGUUAGACAAAGUGGCUACUGUUUUGACCCCACUGUAAAUCCAAGUUUUGUUGCAUAUUUUUUUUAUCUGUAUUUGGCCUUCAAGGUCUUUCAGUGUGGACUAUUUGUUUAUGACAACUGUCUUUUCUCUCAGAAAAAAAGGUCUGCAAGUUACAGGCUCCUUUAAUGUCAACACAAGUACACACAUCAUGUAAAAAAAAAAAGUAAUAUGUAAAUGUAGUUAGCAAAACAAAAGUGCUCUUUGAUGAAGGAAGAUAUUGUUAGCAAUUUAAAUAAAAACAGUUUUUUUAACCACAAAA